AUAUGUUUGUGUAACAAAUUUUAAUUUGAACACAAAGAGUAUACAGAAAUUUUACUAUUUUCACAAUUUUUUUGGUUUAACACUAGAGAUUUGUUUGUAAAAAUGAGUAGCAUUUUUUGUUCUAAUCAAUCUAUGUAAUCUACAACUCAUUAUCUUUUGAAUGAUAAGAUUAUCAAAACUCAACCAAAAAAGUCUAUGAUAGUGUUUGGAGUGCUAUCAAUUAUCAUUAAAAUUGUCCUUGAUGAUAAUGACAUUGAGAGAUGCUUAGAUAAUUGUAUAAAUAACUCGUUUAAAAAUUGUGUGUCAGUACAAUGGCAAACGUUGCGCUUGAAACUGAGAUAAAAUCGUGGCUGUCUCCAGCCUUGAAAAAAGAAAAUGUGGCCGAUUUUUCCGUGAAAAUUGUGGGAAAUUCGGAAAAAGGUGACGGCUACAUGGGCGACAUAGUUUUCAUCGAAGUAAACACACCUGAAAAACAACACAAUCUAGUCCUGAAAUGUAGCAAACGCUCCAAAGCUCUUCGUGAAAAAGUUCCGGUGAAAAGUAUUUUUUUGAAUGAGAGUUUCGUGUAUGAAAAACUCCAGCCGACUUUUCUCCAAUUCCAAAACGACCACAACUGUGAAAAACCCUUCGUUUCGUACCCGAAAUGUUACGGUUCGUUUAUCAGUGAUGACAUGGAAGUGAUAAUUUUGGAGAAUUUGAAGAAAAGUGGCUUUGAAUUGUGGCCGAAAAAGGAGCCUUUGUCGAGGAAAUUGGUCGAUUUGGUGGUCACAGAGUAUGGGAAAUACCACGCAAUUUCAGUGGCAAUGAGGGAAAAACAGCCUGAAAAAUUCCAGGAAUUGGCUGAAACCGUUAUCGAUGUUUUUGAGGAGUUUUACAAAGUGGAAUCGGUCGAUGGAUUGUACACAACAGCAAUUGAGGAUUCCUAUAAUUUGCUCAAAGGAGAAAUCGAUGACAAAAUCCUCGAAAAGUGGAGGAAUUUCCAAAACAAUGUUGGUUUUAUUUUGAAGAAUUUAGACAAAGGGUUUGAGGGAUUAAAAGUGAUUUUGCAUGGCGAUUGUUGGAAUAAUAAUUUCAUGUACUUGUUUGAAGAUGGUGACCACAAUCGGCCGUUGAAAGUCGCAAUUCUUGAUUGGCAAAUCGCAAGAUACACAACACCAAUUUUGGAUUUGUCUUAUUUUCUCUUUGCUUGCGUUUCAGAGAAGGAUUUAGAAAAUUUGGACGAUAUUUUGGACACUUAUUUUGACUCUUUUACCAGACAUUUGAAAAGUUUAGGGAUCAGUGAACCGGAAUUUUUGUACCCGAAAAGUGAAUUUCUUAAAGAUUGGAAGAGAUUUUGCAAAUAUGGAAUUAUGAUGAGCGCACUUUUGAUGAAAAUUGUCUCGACUGAUAAAGACGAAGUUAUCGAUAUUGGGGAAAACGCCGACAAAGGGAAAAGCAUCACAGAAUUUUUCCUAACUGAAAUCAGAGAUAAACGUAAUUUUAAAAGGCGAAUGAGACCGAUUAUAGAGUAUGUUGUUAGAAACAAUUUGAUCUAAUUGUUAUCUAGCACCAUUUUUAUCUAAAAACCAAAAUGUGAUUAAUGUCUCAGAGAUAAAAAUAAAGAUAAAAAAAGUGUUAUAAAAACU